AUGGUUUGGGACGAUCGGUUAUCAGUGAAAGAAGUGACGGAAGAGAAAAAGAAAACACCGCGGUUUCCAUCUCGCGAGCGUAAUUUCGCGGUGAGAAGAAAAGGGGCUCGGAAAACUACAACUCGGGAAAAUGGAUUUUCAGUUAGCGAUUUACCGCCUGUGAUGCCUCCGCCACCACCACCGAUGCCGCUGCCGGCGCCAUGGGCAUCUCUGUGUUUUCGUGACAAAGAUGAAAUCUUACGAGACGACACGCUGAACGAGCGAUUGCAACGGCGUCACACGACGCCAGCUCUACCACCGUCUUCUCCGAGUUCAUCCUUAAGGAUGAGCCCCAAAGGACGCUCUGGGGGUCACGAGAUGCCUAAAGUCGAAGUAAGAGUCUCGUGUGUCGCUGGCCCGGGUGGUGAGCCCCAGGGAGUGCGUGUAAGAAUUCCAGAACCGAAGAAACGACCGAUCAGUCCGCCUUCCACGCGCACCAGGUGUCCUUCUGUUCCCGAAAAGGACUUCUACAGGAAAACCGCCUCGCUGGAUCGCCGUGAAAGGUAUCCGACCUUGUCAGGGGCUGAGAUAAAGCAGUACGCGAGUGUUUCUACUGACCUUCCACGUGCUGCUACUGCUUCUGCUAAGAGGAAUCCCAUGUUGGAUCGAAGGAAUCGCUACCCCACGAUUUCGGGCGCAGAGUUGAGGCGCAGUAUGACCAUUGGUCGCUGUCCUUUGGAAGACGGUCUGGACCUUAGCUUGGCUCCUUGGCCGGGGAUGAAGUGGGCCUGCGUUCGGGUCCUACAUCUCUACUGUAAGGUCUUCGAUCAGUAUGAACUCUUCGAGCUGAUCGUUAGGAAAAAUUGUACGAGCUGCAAGUGCCCGAAGGAAGUCCACGAUGUCUGUCAUGAAGAAUGGGUGUCAGUGAGAGCGCGUUUAGGCUUGAAAAGCGAGGGCUCUAACAAUUACAUCGGGUUCGAACCGCGGGAUCGAGGACUGGCUUGGGCACCUCCCGGUCUGCCGCCUCAUAAGGUGGAGGAAUAUUUCUCAAUGUUGCCGGAAAUAUCAGUUCCGCGGCUAGGAACUCCUGGAGAACGUCAUCGAGACCGUCAACUGGCGACUCAAUUACCUAAGCAAGAUCUUGCGCGGACUUAUUGCCGGCACUUGGACCCCAGGCACGCGGCAAGUGCUGACGAUUUUAUGGCCGCAAGAAAUGAAAUAGCUUUGGACAUCGGCAGUGUCCAGGAAGUACUUGAACGUGGACAUGAAUGCGGAGUAUGUCACGAGCCUUUUAAGUAUGGGAGUCUCGCCGUGAUGGCAAGCAAACUUGGACUGCUCUAUCAUCCCUCAUGUUUCCAGUGUGCUCAGUGUCAUGAACUACUCGUUGAUUUAGCCUAUUGCGUUCACGAUGACGCAUUAUACUGCGAAAGACAUUAUGCCGAAAGACUUAAGCCUCGUUGCGCUGCCUGUGAUGAGAAUAAUUAUUUAUUUAAUUAG